CGACACGUGAGCCUCAUGUGACGGAGCAGGGAGGAGAGACGUGUCUGCAGUCACAUUUUUUUUUAUUUAACACGUAGUCUAGUCCACCCACCGCGCUCACACACUCUCUGACACACACACUCUCUGACACACACACAUUUAACCGACGACCGGAGCUUCUGAACUAUUGCGCCUUGGUUCUCCAGCAGCAGAAGCAGCAGCUCCGUCCUGUGCGUGCUUGUGCGUGUGUGCGUGCACGCGGUGCGUGUUUACAGGCUACAACCUCAAAUAAUCAUAUAAACGGAAAAGAAAACGUGGGACAAUUUUCUUCCGAGGAUAUUUAUAUACUUAAGAGCGAUUACACGAACUUUGCGCGCGUGUGUGUAGUAUACAGACGUAUAGUGAUUGAUUUAAGUGUACUUUUAGCAGAGAAAAAAAAAACACACACCGUUAUUUCUUUACUUGGACACUUGGACAAUGGAGCGGAUUACGAGCGCACAGCCUCCUCCAUGUUUGGCCAAAGAGAACCCGAUGGAAAUGGCUGCCAUUCCGAGCAUGGACUUCCACAUGUACAUGUACAAACCCAGAAGAGGUGCGAAACGAGGCGAGGACACCAAGGACACUUACAAGCUGCCGCAUCGGUUGAUUGAAAAGAAAAGACGUGACAGGAUAAAUGAAUGCAUCGCCCAGUUAAAGGACCUGCUACCAGAGCACCUGAAACUCUCUACGCUGGGCCAUUUGGAAAAGGCUGUGGUGCUGGAGCUGACGUUGAAGCACGUGAAAGCUCUGAACGGCUUGUUAGAGCAGCAGCAGCAGCAAAUCAUAUCUCUGCAGAGUGGAAUGCAGAUCGGUGAUCACACCAACGGGAGCUUUGAAAAGAGCGAGGAGAUGUUCCGCUCUGGUUUCCAUUUGUGUGCCAAGGAGAUUCUGCAGUACAUGGCAAACCAGAAGAAUGUGCAGGAUCUGACUCCUACAAACAUCUUCAACCAUCUGCACAAGUUGGCAUCAGAGCUGCCACAGCGGCCGAUCAGCCCGCGCCAAGACACGCCUUCCCCUGCCCACAAAGCCCACGAGAUUCGCGAGAAGUCUGUGGUUGCACCGGACAGAAUGCCAGAGGGCCACACCAAAAACUGCGUCCCUGUGAUUCAGAGGACUUACCCACAUAGCAGUGAGCAGAGUGGCAGCGACACGGACACGGACAGCGGAUACGGUGGUGAGCUGGACAAAGACAAGCGUGACUCCAAGGGUCAGCGGCCAAGCUACUACAUCAAAGAAAGCACUGAAUUGAAAUAUGGCAUCAAGGAAGAGUGGGAUGAGCCACAGGCCAAACGGCAAAGGUCAGACUCUUCUGAAGACGAAUCUCUGUUGGGUCACAGUGGGUACACAAGCUUCUCCUCCCACCAGCCACCUCUGUGCAUGCCCUUCUACCUCCUCCCUCCAGUGUCGGCGGCUGCUGCUGCCGCCGCAUACCUCCCGGUCCUAGAGAAGUGCUGGUACCCCGGGGGCAUGCCUAUGCUGUACCCUGGCAUUGGGGGUCCAACGCCAGGCUUAUCUCCUGAGAAACUCCCCCUGUCACUUGUCUUGUCACCCAGAAUAUCAUCCCCAAAUACCUCUCAUGUUCAUACAGACUCUCCAGCUUUGCACCAGGCUCUAAAACAAAUACCCCCCUUAAAUCUGGAAACCAAAGACUGAUAACCACUGGAGUGCCCUUCGCCUCCGACAUCCGUCCUCUGAAUGUUAACAGUGGAGGAUAUGCUGAUGAAGAUCAGAGUCAUACCUGCCCUUCCCCCAGUGUUAUUAAAAUAAAUAAAAAUUCACAAACGUACACCUGCCUAGUGGCAAAACUCCCUCCAUCAUGGCCAAAGCGGUACAUGCCGGGAGAACGAGUCGGUGUGUAGACGAGCACAAACCGGCCACGCUGAGGGAGUGGAUGUGAGAUGAGGACACAGGUGUAGCACUUAAGAGUCACUGUGAAAAUGAUAAAUGACACUGAAUCGUCUGACUUCAGGAAGGAUUGCUACACGGGGACAUCUGCUCUCUGCGCUUGUGCUGAAUGUUUCAAUAAACAAACAAAACCUAAAUCCAGAAUGUGAUGUGCAGACAGCCCCUAACAGAUAAACGACAAGGACACUGCCCUUUGCACAUAUCUUGUAUGUUUUGAAUGUAAACCAGAAAAAAAAAAGUCGCUAGCGAAACCCCUGUAGAUGCUGCUUUCUUUCUUUCUUUCUUUUUUUUUUUGGACAUUUCUUUGUGUUGCUUUGAGGGUCACUUCGGGACCCUCUGGCUGCUUUAAAUAAAGACUCUCCUUUCAGCCUAGAAUGCUACCAAAUAACGGUCUGUUUAUUUGACCAGAGCUUUUACAAAACGAGACAACGGCGACAGCCUCGUCUCCCCGUUGCCAGUUAUCCGGCAAACCGAACGCAUCGAAUGCCCAUGCACGCGCAGCCGAUCAGCCCCGAUGUUGGUCGCUAGUGUAAAUAAGGGAGUAAUGUAAUCAUAGAUUUUUUAAUAGAGAGAUUCUGAGUAUAUAAUUCAUUGUUGCUUGUGCAGGUAGGUGGUUUACUUGUGAGGUAACUACAUUGUGAAAUUCACGUUUAUACAACAUCGUUUGUACGUCUCUAUUUUUUUUUUUUAUACACGUCACUUUUUUUUUUUCUUGCAUUUUGAUUAAGAGGGGAUUUCCAGAUAGUCAUGAGACAUUAUGUACAUAAAACUGUGGCAGUAUUCGCAUCAUGCUCUGUGUCCAGGUCUGGUCAAAUUAAGACAGAUCUACUGUAUGCUUGUGCUGUUGCCUUUACUUGUUUAAGCAGUAAAAUUACGACAGAUAUGUAAAUCUUUUUAAAAUCUGGAUUAAAUGAUGGAGAAGCAGGAAAUGUGAAUGUACAAUGUUUAAACAAUAAACUAGUUUUGUAUAGGAA